AUGGGCGCCUCGAAGCCCGCCUCCCGAACCGCGAAGAAUGGCCGUACACAAUCCCAAGGACAGUCACAGACCUACGCCCACGCGCGCGCCAACGUGCACGCUCGCCCGACCCUCGAACCACGCAUUAAGCACAUCCCGCAAGCGACGAUCCGCAAGAAAUGGAAACCUCUCCCGCAGUCCUCUCAGGACAAGAUCCACUCGAUCCUCUUGAACUUGCGAACCAAGCGCGCAGGCUCCGGCGGAGGACCGAACGCGCGGAUCCCGCGGGUCAGCAAACCGAGCGCAAGAAAGUCAACUAGAACUGGCGCACCGCGGGCGGCCUCCGAGAGUAAGACAGCAAUAGCAGAGGCCGAGUACGCGACGGUCGUGGAGGACAUGGCUUCGAGGCAUGUUCCCAACUCGCCGUCACUCAUCCCUCGAACUUUUCCUUCGCGGAUUCCAUGGCGCCGUUCGCGAUCUCCCCGAUCACCACUAACGUUUGUACCCCACAGACUUCUCUCGCGGCUCCCGCGCAUGCCCUUCCCGCCCACCUCAUCCUCUAGCAACCGCAACGGCAACAGCAACAGCAACAGCCACGCCGCAGACGACUUCGACCUCUCCGGCACCCUCGCGCGGAUCUCGACCCUGCAGGCGCAAUUGACGGGGAAUAUGCAGUCCGCGCGCCUUCUGAGCAGGCAGAUCAAUCGGGAAAACGCAGCGCUCAAGCUCGACAAGAAGGAGCUGAAGACGCUGGAGGACGGGCUUCGCGGGAGUAGAGAGCUGAGGAGGCGGAAGGAACGGGGGUUGCAUCCUUUGGCGCUGGCGAGAUCCCACCAGGACGGGCACAAGGAUGAGGAGAUGGCGCGAGAAAACGCUGCGAUCUUGGGGAUCAAGAUUGCCGCCGGCACUUUGGACGUCGGAUCUUUGUGUUUGACAACCGCGCCCACCGCGACGACAGACUCCACACAAUCCACAGAAUCGACAGAUUCGGCACUCGGCGCGCCGCCGACAGCGGACCCCGUCGAUCGGGAAAUGAAUACCCUGCUGGGACAACUGCGAAAUCAUUUGCAGAGUAUGAGGGAUAACACGGCAUCGAUGCUGCCCGUGGUGGAUGCCGUCGAGGAGGCGAAAGUCGCGUUGGAGAAGUUUGCGGCUAGGAACCUGGACGAGGCGGCUUUAGGGCAGUUAUAUGGCGGUGCUGUUGUAUGA